AUGGCGCUGCUCGCUGCUGGCGCCGCCGCGGCGUUUACGGGCAUCGGCAUGUAUCUCGAUGCCAAAUACUCGAUUCGCAGCGACCUCGCCCAGAUUCGAUCAACAAAGAAUAUCCAAAAGUACGCGCUGGACUUGUACGCAAAAUACGGAGAUGACGACUGGUCCUUCUACCACAUCCUACAUUCGACUUAUGACCAGAACCACCACACCGACAAGGAGGCGUUCGUCUUCGAAGGCCGGAGCUGGACGUACCGCCAACUACGUGAAGAGAUCGGUCGACUGGCCGAAACCUUUGAGGCGCUCGGGAUCAAGAACCGAACCGUGGUUGCAAUGUUCGUCAACAACUCGCCAGAGUUCAUCUUUUCUUGGUGGGCUCUGUACAAGCUCGGUGCCAUCGCCGCACCGGUGAACACAUCCAUUACGGGAACCCAUAUCAAGCACUGUCUCAAAGUCAGCGAAGCCACGGUCUGCAUCACAACUUACGAGUUGUAUGAUGUCCUAGCGAAAGCUUUGGGGCAAGACGAGGCUGUCCAAGGGUCUUCAACACUGGACUCAUCAUCUCUUCCGAGGAUCAUUCUGUAUGACUACAACUCGUACCCUCCGAUUCAACAUCACCUCGAAGGAACCUUGUUGCUGAAGCACGACGAGUUGCCUCCUGUGAGACCAGAGAUGGCCGACUUCCCCAAACACAAGAGACCAAAAGUCGGUCCCACCGAUGCCGGGCAAUAUCUCUUUACGUCCGGAACAACAGGGAUGCCCAAAGCUCUGAUGUGGCCGCUUGGACAUGAACAUCUGAUUGGAUUCCCAAGAAUGUGGCCAUUCAUGCAGGGAAGCCACAGAAGGUGGUAUGUCUGCUUGCCCCUGUUUCACGGCACCGCAUCCUUCGCUUGCCUGCCGGCGGCAUUUACGUCGUCCGCGACCGUGAUUCUUGCACGGCGAUUUUCCCGGCGGGAGUUCUGGGCCGACAUUCGACGCUCCCAGGCGAAUGCCAUCGUCUAUAUCGGCGAAAUGUUCCGCUAUCUGGUCCAGUCUCCCCCAGAUCCCCGAUUCCCUAACGAAAAAGAUCACCAGGUUGAUCUCGCCCUGGGUCUGGGCCUAGCUCCCAAUGUGUGGCAAGCAUUCAGGGAGAGGUUUGGCAUUCCUUGGAUAGUAGAGUACUACGGAUCAAGCGAGGGAACAGCCUCGGUGCUGAACUCGAACAAGAACGAUCUCGGAGUGGGAAAGGUCGCCCGUUGGGGUCCCAUACUACGGGGUAACUGGUUUGGCCAGAGGUCGUUCUGGAUCAUCAGAGCCGAUUUCGAGACAGGCGAAGUGCUGAGAGAUCCCAAGACAGGGUUUUGCAUCAAGGCAAAGCCGGGAGAGGUGGGUGAGGCCAUUUCCAAGAUCGCCCCUCCAUUCCAGAGGCGCCAUGACUACGUCGGAGAGGGUGGUGCAGAGGCUACUCUGAAAAAGUCCCUGAGGGAUGUUUUCGAGAAAGGGGACGAAUACCUUCGGUUCGGGGAUGCGAUGGUGAUGGACCAUGAUGGAUUCAUCCAAUUUCGUGACCGACUUGGAGAUACCUAUCGCGCUAAAGGUCACAAUAUUUCCACUACCGAAGUAGAAGCAUGGAUCAGUAGACAUCCCCAGAUUGCUUCUGUCAACGUCUAUGCCAUCCCAAUGAACCAUUACGGGUACGAUGGACAAUUGGGUUGUGCAGCAAUCACUUUGAAGGGAGUGCCUCUGGAGCAGUCGGAUCGAGCUCAUCAGGAGAUCAUGUCCCAACUAGAAGAAUGGCUGCGUGCUUCAGAAAGCGCCCUGCCGGCAUAUGCGGUGCCGCGCUUCGUCCGAAUCCUGGUUCAUGAUGGUGCGCCACAAGACUCAGGUGGUCUGAGCGGUGAAAGUGGUAGCGAACGAGUCUCGACCAUUAUGAAGAAGUUGAAGACAGGUUUGCGAAAAGAUGGUUUCUUGCUUCCAGAAGGCACCAAGGACCGAAUGUUUUGGAUUGAGAGAGAGGGUGCAGGGUACGCACCUCUGACCAAUGAAGCCAUUCAGCGCCUGCUCUCAGGCAAGGCUCAGUUAUGA